GGUGCAUAUUUACUUUUUGUUGGCAGAAUUACACAUUAUUUAUUUUGGUAAAAAUAAAUACCAACCUAUAUUUACUUCAAUGUCAUUUCCCAGAUGGCCAAGCUUUUAGAAGAACUGAGAGAAGCCAAAGAGAAUCACAGCCCAGAGAUGAGACAUUUCUUGGCUCUGGAAAGGAAAAUUCAGAAGAUGGAGUUCAAGUAUGCACAGAGAGAGCAAGAAUUCCAACAGUUAAUUCAGCAAGCACGGCAUAAUGCUGAUGCAGAACAAAUUCAAGAGAUCGAGAAGUGGAAGAAGUUAGCACAGUUUAAAAAUCAUGAACUGGAAAAUUUCAGAACAGAGCUGGACUCGAUAUUGGAUGUUCUCCGUGAACUGCAGAGACAAGGGGUUGUUAUUCCAGCUCCUAGUUCCACAAGACAAACUAUCUCAAUGUUUACUAGGCAAUUGUAAUACUAUAAAAUUAUUGUUAUGGAAUUGCACUUAUGUUAUGGAAUGCCUUACUGGAAUUUGUAUUCAUGCAUGCAGUCUAUGAAGCUGUGCCAUGGUGCUGCUUGAUCAUAAAAAGUCUGUUCUUUGUGCACAAAUGAUAAGUUGUUUGGGAGAAACAUGUUUGCCAUGGCUUGCUCCUCAUUUUGUUUGAUUAAUCUUCUUAGUUUAAAAACUGCUGUUUGAUUAAACUUUUUAUAUGAAUCCGA